AUGAGAUCUAUUGAUAUUAAUGAUGAAGAAUUAAAAAAUAUAUUAUAAGAGUAUUUAACAGAUGAAGAAUAAAAAAAAUAUGUAUUUGAGAGAUCAGAAGAUUAUUUUGAUUAAUUUGAUAUAUUUAAGCAUUUAGUCAAAGAAUAAAUAUAUUUAGCUAUUCUACCAAGAGGAUAAUUUGUAUUAUAUUAGAAAAAUGAAAAAAUUGAUAAAAUUAAUAUGGAUGAUUCAAUAAAUAUAAUAAAAGAGCAUUUAUAAUAGUUUAAUGAAUUGGACUAAACACAAAAAGAAUUUCAUUUGCAUAGAAUAUUAUAUAAUAUGAAGGAAUAAAUUGAUGGAGAAUUAAUUUAAAUAUAAUAAAAAACAGGAAAAAAAGAAUGUAAUAAUAUAUUUGUAAUUAUAAAUAGUUAGGAAUAUGGAAGAAAAAUUAGAAUAUGAAAAUGAAAUGAAAUAAUAUACAGGAAAAAGUUUAUUUAGUAUUCCAACAUUUGAUAAGACAUUAGUUCAUUACAAUUGGGAUAAUAUGUAAUAAAUUCCUCAAAAAUUGUUAUUUUAAUAGUGA